UAAUUUACAUGAUUUUCUAGAUAGCAUGGCAUGUACCCGAACAUCGCAUGCAAAAAAUAUUUUUUUGCGAGUUGAAGUGGCUUGAAAUAUUUAUUUUAGCUCUCGCGUGAAUUAUGAAUGCAGAAUACGGAUCGACUACCUUGAAUGCAGUUUCCUGUGAAGGGGAUGUUGAGAUCAGUGAGGUGAAUUCAGCCAGGAAUGAGCAAUCCGCGGAACAGCCAAGGAUAACAGCUGCUGUCGAUCAGGAUUAUAUUUUGGCUACUGUAUACAUUCGGGAUGCCCGAGAUGGUCACAACCUCCCUUUCAUUCCAGAACAACCGUUCAUCAGAAACCUGACGUAUCCGAACGGAGACCCGUAUUUUCAAAACUACUUGGAUAGCUUCUUCGAUAUUUAUGUGUUGGUUACCACUGCAAACAACCCCGAUGUGAUGAUGCCAGCUUUUGAAAUGAAUCGUUGGUCCGUUCUGGUUUUUGGCAGCUGCAUCGUCAUAUGUCUUUACAUUGUCAUGUCCAUUUUUCUAGCGGUAAUUUUUGACAAUUUCAAGAAACACUUGAAAAAUGAAAUCAAAGAAGCUGUCUAUUUGAAGCGAAAACUAGUCGCCAAAGCUUUCCAUUUGUUGAAAAAUAGCAACAUAAACCGUCUGGAGAUCCCGUCAGCAGGAGAAAAUGAAGAGAAAGGAGAGGAGAUUUCAUGGUCGACUUUCUCGACCUGGAUGUCUGUAUACGUUAUGCCAGGUCGCUCGAAACCUUUCGUCAAAAUAUUGUGGAAUGUAUUGGACGAUGAUGGAUCUGAUGGCCUGACCUUGAGGAAAUUUCUUGGCAUCGCCGAUUUGUUGAAUGUUCAUGUCAGCGAAGUUACGGAUCGUCGGAAACUGUUCGAAAUCUAUCUGCCAAGUGUGUACAAUGCAGCUCCCUCUCGAUUUCUGCGGAAGUUAGUCCGUAUGAGGAUAUUCCGGUACUCAUUCGAUUUCCUGAUUCUCGUUAAUGCCAUCUUCAUCGGGUUUGAUGUUGAGGGAGAUUGGAUUUUUCUGGCUCUGUUCACCAUCGAGAUACUUCUGAAGCUGUACACGUUUGGCGGAGAGGAAUUCUUCAAGCGCUUCUGGAACGUCUUCGACUUCAUCGUGAUUGGAUCUGCUGAUGUUCUUCUGAUCGUGGAAGCAAUUUUGCAUGAUGUGAGUGACACGAGAGCAUCACUUGAUGCUUUGCUGGUUCUGCGAGUACUCCGAGUGGUAAAGCUAAUAGGAUCUGUGAAGGGGUUUAAGAUCAUCAUCAAAACUAUAAUGAAUUUAGGCCCUGCGCUUGUAAUCUACGGAGCGGUUCUAUUUGUCUUCUACUAUGUGUACGCCAUAAUUGGAAUGGAGUUGUUCGCUGGGUUGAUACAGUCGUCGAACUAUUUGACUGGAGAAACUUCAACGUACUGCGAGAAUCCGCUUCUGGAAAAUUCUACGUUCGCAGCUUUGAAGUACUGCAGUAACAAUUUUAAUGACAUCGCCAGUUCUUUCGUGAUAUUAUAUGAGCUGACUGUCGUGAAUCAGUGGCAUGUUCUUGCGCAAGGAUUUUCGCUCGUGACAAGUAAAUGGGCUCGUAUUUACUUCAUGUCUUUCCAUCUGAUCUGCGUCGUGGUGAUCCUGAAUAUUUUUAUGGCAUUUGUCAUCGAGGGCUAUUUACUUGAAUCCUGCUUUUCAAAGGACGCGGUGGAAAGCAAACUGGAGGCGAAGAUAAACGAAAUGGGGCUUGGACUUGGAAGUGUUCCGACGUGGAUCGCCGCGAGCGAUUCGAAAAAACCUCCGGAUUCCUUACUUCAAAAUAUGGAAGGAGGUGAAGAGGACGACGAGACCUUCGAUGCCGAUCAUGAACCGCGUCAGUUUGAGUCCCUUGUCGAAGCAAACGCACCCGCAGGCAUUGAUUAUGAGGAGUGGAUUCGUCGUGCUCAAGACUCUUUAGCUGUCGCGAACGAAUCAAAAAUUCGAUUUCACUUGUCCGGAUCGAAAUCAGUUGAAGCCGUUUUGCACCGAAUGUUCGAGAAUGAAAUAGGAGACGACGAUUUGGGAGAAGAAUCGUCCGAUGUCCGUUGCAGGCCAAGGAGACAAACCCUUGAUAAUGUGGCGUGAUUUACCUAGAAAUACCAAAAAAAUCAGUUUUAAUCGUGCGGUAUUAAUUAUUCUGUUUCGGGUUUUGAGUUUGCAGUGCUGAUUCCGAUUGAGAAAAAGUUGCGAUGAUGGGGUGCACCGACAGUGUGUGCCUAUCUGCACGGAUUUCAGUCCGGGAGAAAGAACAUUUUGUAACCACAGAACCGUACAAACAAGUCGCCUGUGAUCAUGCGUUUUAUGAUGCAUUUGAGAAGUCCGUCCGAAUAAGCAGCAUGGAACUAUCCAGAGGAGCAACAAGAAUCUGUAUGGAAAAAUAUUGCAGUAAACAAUUUUAAGAGGAAAUCAUACCUGAGAAGUUGCCUGUGAUGCAUGCCAGUGAUAACAGUAACAUGGGAAAGACUGACAUCUCAGACUGUGUCAGUGCGUUUUCAGCUUUAUGAUCCGGAAUCAUGCGGAGGCCUGAGAAUCUGUAGUGUGGAAUGUGAAAAAAACUCUCUGAAUGGAUUCGAUUUCGGAUUACUUUUGAGUGAAAUUCUAUUUUUAUUAUGUACGGCACACCUGUUGCUUGUUAAUUGUUGAAUUGUUGAACAUAAAGUGGUCACCAAAUAUAUUCUGAUGCACCACUUUGGA